AUGAUGUUUUACAUUGACAAGUGAAUGGUCACAAUUGCUUGAUUUCUAUCGAUUUUCUUUGCCCUGCCGGUCGGAAAUCCCACGCUUUUCUAUCUAUUUGCUCUAUUUCAUUUACGUAAGUGGCUCUUCAAGGAUCGGGUCGUUUCAUGUAUGUAGAAACAAAUCAAACAACUAACGUUACUUCAAGCUAGUGUGAAGUCCCUCUAAUGGACGGACGGCAAAGUCAAAGGUUGGAUGGAUAUUUAUAGUUCGUCAGCUAACUUUGUUUAGAGCUAACAUUAUCCUAUUCUCGUAUUUGCAAGCAACAGGAGUUCGAUUGUAACUCUGUGAAGUCAUAUAUCUGAAAUCGGACUUCCACCUGGAAUAUAUUAACAAGACUGGAGUCAAUUUACAACUUAUCAUGGCUAUAGAUGGGAAUCAAAUAUAAGCUUAUCAGCCAUCAUUUUGAGCUUCUAAAUCUUUACUAAAGCUGAUGGACCAGUGAUUAAAACGUUGUAGGACUGUGAUGACAGCUAACGUUUGCUGACAACUCGAGAAGUAUUUUCUUGAUUUUGCAUGCAGGGUUCGUAUAGAACUCAGGUCGAUAUGGUCCAUGACAUAUUUGAGGAAUAAAGAAUGCGCGGUUUGGAAGAAUAGUUAGUCACUAGUAACACAACCUUGCCAUAAUUAUAAAACAUUGGCAGCAUCAUUGUUGUCUGAUCAUGAUAAUUCGAAUGGUGGUAAACAUUUCAUUGAUUGGAAUUUGAGAAGGAACCCAUUUGGAGAAAUUGUGUCGCAUUCAACUCCUAUCAGUAGCCUAUAUAUCCGCACUAGGAAGCUCUUCAAGUUUGAUGACCACUAGAUUUAUGUGUAAUAUACAUGGCUGUAUAUUUCACAAUUACUUCAUUUAUGCUACUCGGAUUUUUGCAGAUGACAUCUGGAGAUCUCUCUCUUGAUUCGCAAUCAUAUACUUGUGGAAAUCUUAAACAGUUUGUAAACAAUGAUACUUUGACUAUGUACCUUUUGCAAUAAUAUAUCAAGGAUUUAUAAAGUUGAUGAUGAUAAGACUUGCUCGUCAAGGAAUUGUCGAGAUCUUUCAGAGAAAAGUAACAUUAGUAGGCCUACACUUCUUCACGAAUUCUUAAUCAUUUUACAGUGAUUGUAUGUCAACUUUGAUAUAAUUUGAAUGUGUCACCAAAGGACAAUGGUAUUCAUAACGGUAAAAUACGGAGAUAACCAGCAGAGAUUAUUCAAUCCAUAUUGCACCAGUAUGAAUCUGUUAGAGAGUAUACGUAAACAGUGUCACUCAUCGGACGACGGAGCUACUCUAGAUCUCUCAGAUGGAUCCGGUAAUGUGAAGAACCUUCACUCGGCAGACAAUCUUCAAUCCUAUGCAAAUAGUUUCUUGGAAGGUCGUGAGACAUACUGGCUGAUCAAAGUAGAAAAAGGGGCUACAGAAAGGGAGCCUACGAUAUACUCACUCCUGAUCAGUAACCCUGAAGAAACCUGUCCAGAGUUGCAAAGUCGUUUGAAAGACUUAUCUCGCCCACCCUCUAUGCCAAAGGGGCGGGAAUCUUGGACCAAUGUCCGCAAGAAACUCAACAAAACCAAAUCGACCCUCAGCUUGGGCAAGUCGCCCAGGAAUGCAUCUGGCAAGGGAAAGAGAUGAUGAUGGUGAUGAAGAACAACAAGAUCAUUAUACCAAUUGAAAGAACUUUUAUCGAUGUGGAGUAAAAUGGGCGCCAGCAUGAGGGCAGUCCUGUUCAUAAUGCCCAUUGCUUUAAACAAGGAAGAUGACGUGCGCUCGCGUUUCCGCAUAUAUUAUUUAUUAGUAUAUUGUAACUUUGUCUUUUUCCAUCUGUCUAAUGUAUGCUUAAUUAGCCAAAUCUCAUAUGGUCUACUCCCAUUUCCUCUCAGAACAAUUUGGUCUACAUGCCACUAAUGUUACUUCUAGGCACAUACUUAAAAUAACAGUGAGUUAUAGCACUCACUCAACAUUCUAAUUAGAACAUUAAUAUGUUUAAACGAAAUGAAGGCAUAAUGGGAAAGGCAGUUUGUUGUGAGAAAUGUGAUUUAUAUUACCAUAGGCAAAAUUUCAAUUAUCAAGAGGCUAAAAUUUGUCCAGAUGGUAAAUAUUCAUAAAGUAUAAUUAUACAGUGUUUGUAGAGCAAAAUGAAUUUAAGCCCCAAAGUAAUCUUCAACAAUCUGGAGACCAUGGGACCAAUGGCUCUGAUAUGAGCCUGUAGAACUUUAGUUUUUUUUAAGUUACUGAAUUACCCAACAUUAUGAGUUUCUACGAAUAGAUCACAUUGUGUACAUAAUGAAUAUGAAAAUAAAUGUAGGACAAUAUGUUAA